AUGCAAGCACCUCAACGACCCGGUCAAAGACGAUCUCCAGCAUCGGAUUCCCCUGGUCCACCUCCGACAAUAUCCGCCAGGGCUAUAUCUCCAAGUUUGGGUCCCCAGCCAAGGAAUUCAACUGCUUCAACCAAGUCUGUCCAAAGCAAUCACUCGGGAAGAAGACAAAAUUCAAAGUGGUCAAAACCCCCACCAUUAUCUCAGAUCGAAAAGAGCGUAACACAUCUUCUGGUCGCCACGAAGCAACUUCUCGAAACCCUCACACAAUGGUCUCGACAUCAAGCGACAGACGCACAGGUUUCGGAUGUUUAUGUGCGCUUGGGAUAUGAGUUCAACAUUGCUUGUCGGGCAUUUGCAGCAAUAAAUGUUGAUACUUCGGAUUUGGGGAAUGUCCCAGAGUUGCUCCGACAUAUACUGGAAUCAACACUCAGUCAAGAAGCAAGUGUCGAGAGCUUGGAGAAAUACCUGCCUCGAAUUAGAGAUAUAAUCAUUACUCUUCUUCAUGGUUUAAAGCGGAAGCAACAAAAACUGCGGCAAAAACAAGGGAGAGAUAGCGCGUCACAAAAUGGAGAAACCAUACCUAGAAAUGGAAGCCUCAGUAGCAUUGCGAGUAAUAGUACUGGGUUGACUACAUUACUGAAUCAAGGGUUGGAAAAUAAUUUUCAAGGGGACUCAAGUGUGGCAAAUGAUAGGGGAAGCAAAGGACAAUCUGCAGCCGACUCUAACGUACCUCCGAGGAUGUCUUCAGCUACAGGAUCAUCAAGCAGAAGAGCUGCUGGGCCACCAAGAGACUCAUCUCGAGGUUCAGUAUCUUCAGAUCAAUCUACACUCUCAAGCCAAACAAUGCAAAGCAUUCCUGUUGUUCCACCUUAUCCUGGAGAUGAAGUCUCUAUACCAAUGCCCCGUCCAAAUGAUCCUGAUCUUUUGAAUGUGGAUAAUUUUCCACCACCUCCGCCACCACCAAAGACAAAUGCUGCAUUGGUGGCUCUACAAAAAGGGGGAGAUUUGGAAAGAAGAGCUUCAAGACGUUAUUCUGCUUAUCAAAUCUCAAAACUUGUUGGUGCAUCUCCAAAUGGAGUUCCAAUGAUGCCUGUUCCACAAAACUCGCCAAUACCAAAUAGAGGACGCAACGAUGCCAGGGAGUCUCUGAGAGCUGUUCAAAAUCGGGACCAACGUCUCGGCCGAACAAAUUCUCGUCUGAUUCAGAAUGAGACAUCCCCAGUUCGAAAGCCAAGUGUGAUUGCCGAAGUUAGUCAAGAGUCAUCAGUUCAACAGCCAGAAGAACCACCCUCGAAUGAUAGUCCUAUAGUCAAGACCCCAGAAGACAAGUUAAGACAGUCUAUUGAUGAUUAUGAUGGACCGAGUGCAACUCUCAAUGGACCACCUCCUGAUGUUCUUCCAAACUUUGAUAAUCAAGACCAAGAUGAAGAAAAGGCUACUUCUGAACCUCCUCAAGCCCCCCAACACAAGCGAUCUCCUUCCAAAAGAGAUAGUCCUUCUUAUGGCAGCCAAGCUAGACAAUUCACACCCGAAGAAUCUCCACCUCCACCCGAUAAAGAGAUCACAAUUUUCUUACAAUAUAAGACCAAGGUUAAGAAGUUUGUCCUUGCUGAUGGCUACAAGGAUUUAUCCAUGGCAAGACUGCAAUUGGCUUUCAUUGAAAAGUUUGCCUGGAAUACCCACAACAAUGGUGUUGAUCUACCCGAGAUUUAUAUUCAAGAUCCAGUAUCUGGUGUUCGUCACGAGUUGGAAGAUCUUCAAGAUAUUAAAGAUCGUUCCGUACUUGUACUAAAUGUUGAAGUUCUAGAUGAGGUGAAGCGACAUAUUGAUGAUAGUCUAGGAGGAUUGAAGAAAAUGGUCGAGAGUGUCAAGACGGCAGUAGAUGAUCAACAAGUUACAAUUCAAAGAGUCUCGGAUCGCCAACAGGAUGCUGCAAAGGAAAUGGCCCGAAUCGCAUCUGCGCCACCAAGUUCUUCAAGAAUUUCAAUGAUUGACACUGGACGUAUCACCAAUGGCAUUAAUACCAGCCCAUCAAAAGCCAAUGGUCAAGCGCAACUUAGUGAAAUUCAAAGCCUUCGUCGCGAUCUUGCAGUACUCAGGCAAACUUACUCUGGCUUCCAAUCUGAUAUUCAAAGUUCCAUGGCUUUGAUUCGCACAAAGGCUAGCUCCGUCAAAAGUGUUGCUGUUAAAGCUGUUAUUCCGGAUAUCAAUGGUGAUUCUGGACGCUCUUAUGUCAAUGGUGGAAAGAAGAAUCUCAGCGAAGAUUCCGAUAAAUUGGUUGCACAAGUGGAUGAUCUUCAAGAUAUUGUUGAAGAUCUACGAAAGGAUGUUGUACAACGUGGUGUGCGACCUCUUCCCAAGCAAUUGGAGACGGUUGCCAAGGAUAUUUCUCAAGCUACAAUGGAGUUGAAGAGGAUGCAAGACUUCUUGAAACGUGAGAGACCAAUCUGGACAAAGAUCUGGGAGAAGGAAUUGGAAACAGUGUGCAAUGAUCGUGAAGAGAUUACAAUGCAAGAAGACCUUGCAGCAGAUCUCCAAGAUGAUUUGGAGAAGGCCGCACAAACCUUUGCACUCGUUGAGCAAGCUACUAAAGAACAAUUGAAGGACGGAUCCCCAAGUCACAUCGGUACCGGUCGAAGUCUUUCCAAACUUAACCGUAUUGAUCCGAUUGAUCCUGCCGCGGCAAAAGAAGGCGUUCUUGAUGAAGUUCGUGCGUUGCAACCAAAUCACGAGAAUCGUCUUGAAGCUAUUGAGCGUGCCGAAAAACUUCGACAAAAGGAACUUGAAGGUCGCCGAGGCAAUGUUCUGCAGAAAGAAUUGACCUCUUUUGUGGAAUCAGGAAAGUUGAAGAAGUCUGGAGGCUUCGAGGAAGUCGAAAGGCAAAGAGUUGCAAAAGAUGAACGAAUCAGAAGAGAAGUUUGGGAACGUCAAAAUGGAAUGACGCAAGCAGAUGCAGAUUUUGAGGAAGUUAAUGAUCCGGCUGUGGAAGAGGUAGCAGAGGCAGAUGAAAUGGUCGAGGAGAAUGUAGACGAACAUUCUGAUUUGGAGACAUGA